UAAUAUAUUAUCAGGGUCGGUCUCUAGCUGAAAUGAGAAAGAAAAAUGUUAAUUCCAAAGCCCACGAAUACCGAAAAGAAUCUUCGAGGAACGCAGCCCGCAUGAGAAGAUGUAUAGAAGCUCAAAUAUUCAAAGAAAUGAUGGCUAUGCUUCCCUUCCAUAAAUCAUCUAAUCUAAACGAACAACCAGGUCGCCUUAAUUCAUCCUUGCAAAUUGAUAAGAUAUCAGUGGUUCGUAUUUCCAUAGCCUACAUCAAGCUCAGGCAGUUGAUGUUAUACCAUAGUAAGGACUUUCCCAAUAUCCCAAAAAUAUACCCAUCAAGCAAUGAUCUUCCUAUCUCGCAUCCAUGCGAUUUAUUAAACCAGGAUUUUUUAAAAGUUUUAGAUUGCUUUUUCAUGAUAAUUUCCGAAAAUGGAACUUUGAUAUACCUAUCUGAUAACGUUCAACAAUAUCUGGGAAUAUCUAAGAUAUGCCUGCUGGGCCAGAAAAUAUCAGAUUUCGUUCACCCUUGUGACCAAAAAGAUAUUUCAAGCCUCCCAACCCUUCCGCCUCUGUUACCUGACCACAAACCUUCAAAGACUCAUGGCUCAACUCCGGUUGAUAUAGUGGUUAGGCUCAAAUGUUUAUGCUCGCUUUCUGCCAGUAACGCGAAUUUAAGCAACGAAGAGGAAGGGAAGGAUAUUAUAUCAAAGGGUAAAUCAGACGAGGAAGAUAUCAAUAAAAACUAUAUUGAUAUUAGCAGUAAUAAAAUCAUUGCUUCAGAUAGAGAUAACGGAACAAAGAUAAAUUUUGAUAGUGCGCAUGGUGGGCAUAAGAAAAAUGGGGGCACGAAUGAUCGAGCUAUUGUUAAUGACUUUGAUUUAAAACCUUCCCUAGAAUCCCUGAGCAUCAAGACAGCUAAUGUUUUUACUACAGAUGAAAAUGACAAGGAUAAUGAUAAUGGAUGGGAAGUCAAUCACGUGGUGCAUCAUCAACCCAGACUUAAUAGGAAUAUACUGAAUCAACAGCACAAUUACAAAGUGAUGCACUUAUUCGGUCAUACGUUUUACAAGUCAUUUAGCAACAAGACCAAUGUACCUAGCGUCACAUCUCUUUGCAGUUUGAUAAUAGCGGCUCCCGUAUGCGGGUCUCUGUUCGAAUCCGCUAUCAAAUCUCGCGCGCUUCUAUUUUCCCGUAAAUUCUGUGGUCCCAACAUUACAAAAACUUUACCAAAUGGGAAAAUGAAUGAAUACAUGAAACAGGAGGCUGGUUUACCUAACCUUAUUAAAGAACCCAUACCCCCUGUACCACCUUUUCUGGUAAGCAAGCACAAAUUGGACAUGAAGAUCAUGUAUUUCGAUGAAAGAGUAACGGAUAUAUUGGGUUACGAAAUCUGGCAACUGGUUGGUAGAUCUUACUAUGAUUACAUACACGUGCUUGAUCUCGAGACCUUUAGAAAAAGCUUGCAAAAUCUGCACAAAAAAGGUCAGGUUCAAACAUGUUUUUACAGGCUAUUGGUCAACAAAGGAGGUUACGCUUGGAUCAAUACUCAAGCCUCUCUGGUUAGUAGUUCUAACAUGACUUUUAACAUUAAUAGUUCCAAAAAAUCUUUUAAUCACUUCUCCAUCCUUGAAUCCAGUGACAAAGACAAAAAACAAUACAAUGGAAGAGCUAAAGAAAGUCAAAUCCUCAUUUCAGAAAGAAAACCUUGCAACUCUCUAACUACCGUAACCACUAAUAUAAAUACGAAUCCUGACUUUAGAUUUAAGGAUAAAGAAAAUGCUUCAUUUAUUGACGGAGAAAAUCAUGUUUACAAUCAUAGCCAAUACCUCAAAAAUGAGAGAGACAGAGAGUCCCGACUUAAAAUUGAGUCUGACGAAGAUGAACGGCAUAUAGUAUGUUUCCACGAGGUCGUAAGCAACGCGGAAGGACGACAGCACAUUUUGGCGGAUCUUCAGGGCUCGGAAAUACAUUCUUGGCGCGCUAUAUCCCGGAAUACCGAAUUUUUUUUGAACCCCUUGCAAUUUAGGACAAGCCAUUCGAUUCCACCACCACCAUCUUCAUCAUUAUCUUUUACGGGAAGCUUUGGUGGCCAGCUCAAGGAACCAAUCGAAUCGGAAAAAAGAUUUAAAGAAAGGGAAGAUAUGUUUAAGCGAGCCCCCAGACUAAUUCAAAUAGGUGACUCUCAACCUUUUUUUUUGCAAAGUGGUAACGGAGUCGGAAAGAAGCGGUUUUACGAGGCCAAAAUAGUUGCCAAAAAGGGUAGAAAAUGGAAGAAGGGCGAAGAGGAUGUCAAGAUUAUCGAUGAUCAUCUAGAAAACGGUAAACUGGACGAUCAUUACGAUGGAUUAGAAGAUUACCUCGAAAAUAUUAAAAACAAUCGCCCUGGCAAAAAUUCUGAUAAAAUACCUGUCAAGAUUCACGAUUUCGACAAAACCAUUGAUGGUAAAAAAUCGAAAUUGGAUAAUUGUUUUGUGAACUGUCAUAUGGAUGAGGCUUACCCUUUUGAUUUUGAUCUAUUUCUGGGAGAAUCAAAGCAAACUAUUGAUGACGAUGCUAACGAAGACAGUUUGCUUAGUAGAGCUCCAUUGGCCGGAGAUACUUGCAUAUCCUUGCCCACAUCUUUACCGCUUUCACCCUUGUUAAAAAUAUACGGAGGGGAUUCUAAUGUUAAAAAGUCAAUACAUCUAGACUGCUCGUCAUUUAUUAAAACCAAGUUAGAAGCUCGACGAUUAGCUCCUUUAGAUAAUAUAAAUCCUGCUCAAACAUUAUCCAAGCAUUUAAUUAGUCAAAAUCCAAACUACUCUUUUUCCUCAUCAACCCUCUCACAAAGGAUCAGUAUUCCUCAUAAAGCAAAACAUUUCUUCCCCCGACUCUCUGCUGAUUGUAGGAUUGAUAGCAUGGAAAAUAUUCUCGAGGAUAUCAUAAGUUUACAAGAAGAAUCUCAAUUUCAAACAUCCAAUAGUCAUCUUUUAGGGCGGACUGACUGCAAAUCUAAAAGGGUGGAAAACAUCAAGCGUUCUCUACUUUCGUCUUCAGAUUUUGGUGACGAUCAAAAAUUAUCAAUCAUUGCACCUUAUAACUCAAAAUUAAUUCAAAUUCCCCUUUCAAGAAAUUUACCCAUAAUAAUACCUCCCCUUUCUAUUUCACAAUUACCAAUUACAUCUUCAAAUAACAUUUUGAAUUCUUCUGGGUUAAGUGAUAUUACCACAGAACGUCCGUCUUUAGCAUCCCAGAAAGCUUUAAGAACGUUGACUCAUUCUAAUAAUAAUAAUAUUAAUAAUGGAUUAAUUACUUCGGCCCCAAAAUUAUCAAUCACGACCACAUUUACCCCCAACAAUAUAAAUUGCAAUCACUCUUCGCCUGAUCCAAGUAUAGCGAUUAAAAAUCUUUUCAAAAAAAUGGACUACAACGUUACCAGCCAAAAUCUUGAAAGAAAUAAUGACUUGAUCUCUUUCAGACCUAAAUCAAUCAUAAAUGAUAAAAUAUCGGUGGCACCCAAAAAAUAUGGUUACAAUGGAAUCAAAUUGAAUGAAUCAGGUAAUUUCGGCAAUUUUACUACAAAUAGUAUCCGCAGUAGAUUAAAUGAUACAUUUGCCAAUACAUCGGUCGAUAGGCAGUUUCAAAAUGGUGCAAUCAGAAAAAAAAUAGACCCUAAAUUCGUCCCGAAGGUUUUGAUAAACAGUGUUUUAGCCAAUCUCCUCAGAAAUGGGGAAGACCUAUCCAAUGGUUACAAAUGUUUUGAGUCUGCAAACGGAAGAAGGGACUUAGUCCAAUCUGAUAUCCCUAAUAUAGAUAUAGAUCCAUACAUUAGCGAUUGCAAAUAUCGGGGUUAUAGUUUCGAUAAGUUCGCACAUCGAUCAGAUGACUUGGAAAUUUUUGACACCAAAUUUACAAAUUUAAAUAAGUACAAUAGUCUUUGCCGUUCCCCAGAUGACAAGAAAUUGUUUAACGAUGAUCCUACAUUUAUUCACUACAAUGGUUCUAAUGGCGCUUCAACUCCCACCUGCAUCGAAUCAGAUACCGACCAUUUACUCCCUUUCGAUUCUCCACCUCGUUUCCUGUCUCAGAAUUUUUUCGACGAAGGCAGGUAUAGUAUGAAUGAAGGCUUAAAUUUAAUAGAAGGUCCAAAAGAGUUUUUAUUUCAUUACAAUAACGACGAGAAUAUGGAUAUGUUUGAAGAAACUAGUAUUUUGGAUGAUUUGAUAUGAAAUUUUACAAACACAAAAUUAUAGGUCACCCCCCCCCCCCCUUCCCCCAUUUAAAUGGUAUUUAUAAUUCUUUCGAUUUUUAUCAAAAAUUAUUUACCGUCCCAUUUUUUCUUUAAAUUUAAAAUAAUUUUUCACCAUUUUUUUUUUGAACUCAUGCCACUUAUAAAAUUUAUAUGAAUGAGGAAAUUUAAAUCAUUGAACUUUUUUUUAUUGAUGGUUUUUGAACCUAAAUGCAAUAGUUCAUUUUUCUUGAACUAAUAUACUAAUCUCAAUUAAUAUAUCAAUAUUUAAAAUAUAUUAUAUAUUUAUUAUAGAUUUAAGAAAAUUUAUUAUAUUUUUCAAUGAAUUUUUAAUGGCAUAGGAAAAAAUAUAUCGCACAAUAUAAAUAUAUAUGUUUAAUUCAAUCCUAUGAUGAUUUUAAAACGCAACAAAUUGCUCAUAUUUUUCUUUUGUUACAACACUGCCCCCUCUUGAAAUCUUUUAUAUUAUCUAUUCCCUUGAUAGAUAAGCCUAUUUUUUUUAUAAAAAGCUUUAUGAAUGAAAAUUUUCAAAAGAUAUCAAGAUCUACCAUACUAAUUAAGACAAUUGUAUAUAAUGACUGGUGAAAUGAUAAACAAA